AAGAACUUAAAACAGAGAGAAACACAACACCAACAACAACAACAAAAAUAUGGAGACUAGAGAAACAAAACCAGUGAUUCUUCUCUUUACUUUUCCUUUACAAGGUCACUUAAACCCAAUGUUUCAGCUCGCCGACAUUUUCUUCAACAGAGGCUUCUCCAUCAUUGUGAUCCACACUGAGUUCAACUCUCCAAACUCUUCCAAAUUCCCUCAUUUCACUUUCGUCUCCAUCCCCGAUGGCUUGUCUGAACCCGAAUCCUGCCUGGAUGUCAUCGAGUUUAUCCAUGUCCUCAAUUCCAAGUGUGUUGCUCCUUUCGGUGAUUGCCUAAAGAAGCUUUUGUCUCAAGAACCAACUGCAGCUUGUGUGAUUGUAGAUGCUCAUUGGUACUUCACUGACGGUUUAACCGAAAAAUUCGGUAUCCCGAGGAUUGUACUCCGGACGGUUAACCUCUCAGCUUUCGUCGCUUUCUCCAAGUUUCAUGUACUACGAGAGAAAGGGUACCUUGCUUUACAAGAGUCUAAGGCAGACUCACCGGUACCCGAGCUUCCAUAUCUUAGAAUGAAAGAUCUUCCAUGGUUCCAGACAGAAGAACCAAGAUCUGGGGAUAAGUUACAGAGAGGUACGAUGAAGUCACUGAAGUCUUCCUCAGGGAUCAUAUUCAACGCCAUUCAAGAUCUUGAACCAGAUCAGCUUGACCAAUCCCUUAAAGAAUUCCCAGUUCCAUUCUUCUGUAUUGGACCCUUUCAUAGGUACAUUUCAGCUUCAUCUACCAGCUUACUUACACAAGACAUGACCUGUCUCUCCUGGUUAGACAAGCAAGAACCUAAUUCCGUGAUCUACGUAAGUCUUGGAAGCAUUGUCUCCAUCGAUGAAUCUGAAUUCUUGGAGAUUGCUUGGGGUCUAAGAAACAGCAACCAGCCUUUUCUAUGGGUGGUUAGACCCGGUUCAGUCCACGGCAAGGAAUUGACUGAGAUUCUUCCUAAAGGGUUCAUGGAAGGUCUUCAAGGUCGGGGUAAAAUAGUGAAAUGGGCACCUCAGCCUGAAAUUUUAGCUCACCGUGCAACAGGCGGGUUCUUGACACAUUGUGGAUGGAACUCAACACUUGAGGCCAUAUGUGAAGCUAUACCAUUGAUUUGCAAACCUUCUUUUGGGGACCAGAGGGUGAAUGCUAGGUACAUUAGCGAUGUUUGGAAGAUUGGAUUGCAUUUGGAGAACAAGAUUGAGAGACUAGAGAUUGAAAAUGCAGUUAGAACACUAAUGACAAGCUCAGAAGGAGAAGAGAUCCGCAAGAGGAUCUUGCUAAUGAAGGAAACUGCUGAACAAUGCCUUAAGCUUCCAGGUUCAUCGUUUCGGAAUCUCGAAAAGUUAAUUGCUUAUAUAUUGUCUUUCUAAUUCCGUGUUCGUUCUUCUCCACAUCCAAAUUUGUUUUCCUUUGAUGUU